AUGGGUGAAAAGCUAGCAAAGCGAAUCAUUACCACGCUUGGUCCUGAUGCUAUCAAAGAUAUAGAUGUCGUUAUUCCUGUGCCUGAAACGUCCAACACCUCCGCCGCCGCUCUUGCUCGGUACUUGGACAAACCCUACUCCCAGGGUUUCGUAAAGAACCGUUAUGUUUUCCGGACAUUCAUCAUGCCGGAGCAGAAGGCUCGACAAAAGGGAGUUCGGCGGAAAUUGAACGCCAUGGUGUCGGAGUUCAAGGACCGAAAUGUCCUAUUGGUCGACGACAGUAUCGUUCGUGGUACUACAAGCAGAGAGAUCGUUAUGAUGGCUAGAGAUGCUGGGGCGAAAAGUGUUUUGCUUGCCAGCUGUGCUCCUGAGAUAGCCCAUCCCCAUAUCUAUGGCAUCGAUUUAGCCUCUCCACAUGAACUCGUGGCUCAUGAUCGUGAUAUCAAGGCCAUCACAGCUUACAUCGGAGCUGAUGCCGUCAUUUAUCAGACUUUAGACGACCUUACUGCUUCCUGUGCCGAAAUAUGCAUUGAAAGCGGUAAUGCAGAGCCCGUUAAGUUCGAAGUCGGUGUUUUCAAUGGGGUAUAUACAACUCCUGUCUCAGCAAACUACUUCGAACACCUAGAGAAACUUCGUGGUGAAGGUAGAAAAAUCAAGAGAGUCGAAAGCGCCAGAGCUGCUGUCCUCAACGGCGUCGCGAGCCACGAGAAUCUCCUCAUCGCUUCCAGCAAAGUCGACCUAGAUGCGAACGGGAAACCACUUGUUGUUGACACCGUCAGACCAGUAGCAGAUGCUCCUGUUGCUAAUCCGACUGACUCAUCCCUCCAAGCACAGGCGCAGGCGAAUAGCCAAUCUCAACACCAAAAGUCGACUGACGUCACACCUCAUGUCAAGGACAGAAUGGACAUCAGCAUUCAUAACCUCGGCGAUUACUAA